UUGCCUGAGGGUCGUUCAGCCGGCGGUCAAGCCAAGAUGUCCUCAGUGGGGAAGGUGACCCAGGUUCCCAGCGGGAAACUCUACCAGCAGAUCUUUGAGGCUGAGGCACAGCUGGUCCGCUCUCUGGUAGCCUCCAGGAAGCGUGCCUUGGACAGGUCUAUGACCCCCAAGAAUGGCAGGAAGCCCUUGAUGAAGAAGACGGAUAUUCCUGAAGGAGAGAUGAUGUCUGCCCGGCAGCAGAAGUGGGCACACAGCCUACCCAAUGACUGGGUCACAGAAAACCCUGUUCUCUACAGGGAAAAGGAAAUAAUCAAGAAGAAAAAAGCUCAAGAAAGUGAGAGCACCAUUGCCGCCCGAGAGGUCCGGGGCCUCAUGGAUACCAUCGUUCCCCAGAGGCCCUGCACCACCACCCUUGGCACCAAGGGAAUGGACUCCAAGAGGCGGGGCUACGAGAGUGCUCUGGGGAGCUUUAAGGAGGAGAUUGCUCAGAUUGGGAUGGAAAUGGCACCUUUCAUCUUGGAGCCAGGAGCUCUUCUUUUAAAAAAGCUGGCCGAGUCGGAUGAAGACAUUGACCGGCUCUUCAAAAAGGUGGAAAGCGACACCAACCUCGAAGACUACACCAUCCAAACCCUGCUGGAGCUGUGGGAUCAGGUGGCUGAGAAGUUCCAGUUCCAGAAGCAGGGGAUCAAGGAGCUGGAUGAGGCCCUGUACGAGGCCGAGUUCUCCCGGGCAGAUAAACUCAAAGGUGUGUUGAAGAAAUAUGUGGAAAUCAUAGAGAAAACUUCCUACCUCAUGCAGCCCGAAGUGUACAGGCUGAUAAAUAAGGAAGCCAUGGUCAUAAACCAAGCCCUACUGGGCAACCGGAGGGCCAUCGCCCAGCUGUUCAUCAACCUCAUGGAGGCCACGCUGCAGCAGGAGCUGGAGAGCCACCGUCACUGGCAGGGCCUGGUGGACGCCUGGAAGGCUCUCAAGAAGCAGGCCCUGGUGCAGAGUUUCAGUGAGUUCAUGGCCAGUGAGAGGAUCCGGACUCCUCCAGCUGUGAAGAAGGAGAUGGAGAGCAUGCUGAAGAACCAGAAAGCCCUGCAGCAAAAGCGGCUGGAGCAUCUCCAUACCAUCUGUGACCUUCUGCCCCCCAGUUACAGCAAAGCUCAGCUGACUGAAUGGCAGUCUUCUCUCAACUCCCUAAAUAAGCACCUUGAUACCUACCACAUGGACUGCAUGAUGCGGAUCCGCCUGCAGUACGAGAAGACGUGGCAGGAGUGCCUGGCCCACGUGCAGAAGUGCAAGAAGCAGCUGCUGGACUGGAAAGCCUUCACCGAGGAGGAGGCAGAGAGCCUGGUGAGCCCGUACUUCUUCCAGACGGUGGGAGUGCUGCAGAGUGAGGUGGAGGAGAAGCUGGAGCUCUGGGAUAAAUCCUUUGAGGGCCUGGCAAAGCAGACAGAAUGGCAGAGCUCGAGUCUCUUCAGCUACUUCCAGGAGGCCGUGCAGCUGUGGGAGGCACAUGAGAGCGUGCUGUCGGCGCAGGGUCUGGAGCUGGAGAAGAGGAUGGAGCAACAGCAGCACAAGCACAGCCUGGAGGAGCAGGCCCAGGAGGCCCACCUUGAUAAGCUCUUGGACCAACUGAGGCAGCAAAGCCACGAGGAAACACUGAAGAUUCACCUGGAAAAGGCCAAAGAUUUCCUGAAGAAUAUGAAAUACAGGUAUGAGUGUUUCCACAAGCUCCUGACAAAGGAGGUGAUGGAGUACCCCGUGAUCAUACUGAAAGAACUGAACUCCUAUAGCUCCACCCUCAGCCGACACUUCUACGUUCGCGAGAUCUUUGAACAGACCUUGGAUGGGGAAGUCAUUUUCAAACUCAGGGAACCAGAAGCACACGAAAAACACUUCCAGGAGAGUAUGAGAAAAUGGAGAAGCAAGCAGAGGGCUAAAGUGGAAAUGAGCAAAAGUGAGGAAGGUGAAAGUAGCGGGACAAGUCCCUCCAGGCCAGCAGAAGAGACAGAAGAAGAUGACCAAGGAUUUGAGUCUUCCUUAACUGAAGAGAUGGCAGUGAGCCAGCAGGAACAGUCUGUACUGAGUGACAAGAUGGAUGAGUCCAGUGAGGAAUCUGAUCAGGAAUCAGAAAAAAUGCAAGUUGAAAGAGACAGCUCCUUAAAAUCAUCCCUGAACCAGGAAAAUGUGAUGGUUCAAGAAGAGGAGAUGGAGGAGGAGAAAAGGAAGGAGGAGGAAGAGAAGGCAAAGGUGGAGGAGAGGGAGAAGGAGAAGAGGAAGAAGAAAAAGAAGAAGAAGGAGGAGGAGAAAGAGGAAGAACAUGAGAGUUUAUUUAUGGAUGAGGCUGAAGCCCAGGAAGAGAAUCUGGGGAAGAUCUCCGAUGAGGACAUGGAAUCCUUCACAACCUCCAGCGGACACACUUAUUUUGUCUUCCUAACCCUGGAACAAAAAGAAGAGAGUUGCAAGAAGCCCCAUUCCAACCUUUCUACCAUUCUCAUCAAUGACAUUUCCAGUGCCAACUUCCUAGAACAAGUGAUCAUUCCAUCCAGACUAGUUUUACAAAUUAAGAAACAACUUCGAGCUGGCUUUUUCGACCACCUAGAGAAGUGGUUUGACCAAUGUGUCCUCAAAACCCGGGUCAUGGUGACCACCAAGAUCAAUGAGCUGGAAUCAGAAUUGGAGCUGCGUCAGCAUCUGCAUGAGCCAAGAGCCAAGCGCAUUGAAAAGGACAUCCAUAAUGUCAGGGCAGCUGAGCUCUUGCUUCAUCAAGAGCGGCUGGACAGCCACUGUGCUGGGGUGACUGAGACGCUAAGGAAGGAGAGGCUGAUGUUCUGCCAGUUCCAAGAAGAGCAAAACAUAAAGAGCAAAAACUUCCGCCGCAAGAUUUACGACAUGGAGCACAUCUUCUUGAAUGCCACAAAGAGCCAGAGGCUGGUUAGUCUCAGCAGCACGCUGCACCGGGAGCUGCUUAGCUAUGUUGAUGUCAUCCAGGUGUCCCUGCGCAGCUUCCGCCAGUACUUGGAGGAGAGCAUGGGCAAGCUUCGCUUAACCAACAUUGAGUUCAUCAAGCACUGCAGAUUGUUUUCUGAGGGAGGCAACUUUUCUUCUGAAGAAAUUGACUUACUGUGUCAUCGACUGGAGAAGGAAGCUUCCCGAAUAGAGUUUGUUGAAAGUUUAAUCAUGAUCAACAUGGAGAAGAUGGAGAGUGAAUACCUGGACCAGGCCAAUGAUGUCAUCAACAAGUUUGAAAGCAAAUUCCAUAAUCUGGCUGUGGACCUUAUUUUCAUAGAGAAAAUCCAGCGGUUGCUGACAAAUCUGCAAGUGAACAUCAAGUGUGAGGUCGCAAAAUCCAAUUUGCAAACAGAUGGAUUAAAUUCUUCUCUGGAACAGCUCCAAAGGAAAGUAGAAAUGUGUCAAAACUCAAAGGGAGGUAAAAAAAUGGUGACCUCGGAAGACCUCCUUGGCUUUGUCCAGACUUGGAAAGAAAAACUGGGCCAGAGGAUUCAGUACCUCAAUUGCAGGCUGGACACAGUGUCCAUGACUCGAGUGGUCUUUACCGACAAUGUCAUGACUGACCUAGAGGUGGAGAGUGACAUCAUGAUGUCUUCAGAAGCCCUUGAAGAGGAGGCCAAGAUAGACUUGGUCACCCCCGAGUCCUUCGCCCAGCCGAGCCGCAUGGGGAAGCCCAUGAUUGAAGACCCAGCUGUAGAAGUGGUCAAGAAGAUCCUGAAACUUCCCGACGAAAAAUGCUCAACCCAGCAGUGUGACAAAGACCGCUCCCAGACAGGUAGGGACACACAGGCCUGUGGGUCUCAGGACACUGGCAGUGGGGGGGCCGGUGUUCCCCUUGGCCCAUCCUCACCUCGGAUUCUCUGUUCUUGUCCUGGGCACUCAUCACCCAAAGGCCUGAAGCGACACCAGAACCGGGGGGAACACUUCGUGAGGAAAGCCUUCUCCAGUGCCAGUGCAGCUUCGACAGGAAGCAUCACACGAUACUCCAAGCCCAACCGAAUGGACAGAAAGUACCAGGUGCUCGGGGAGAAGCCACCACCUCCAGCUGAGGAUUUUAAAGGGAUCAUCCUGACCCUCCUCUGGGAGAGCAAUGAGCAUCUGUUGAACGUUGUAGAGGAGUUCUACCGCAGAGAGAAGCGCUCCAUCAUCAGGCCUGACUGCACGUACGAAAACUUUGACCAGUGCGCCGAGAACAUCUGCAAGAAGAUCCUGGACUACCACAUGCAGACAGACGAGUACCAUAACUCCUGCCUCAUAGAAUUACGGGCCCAGAUGAGGAGAUUUGAGGAGCUGCUGCCCCAGGUGUGCUGGCUGGUGAUGGAGAACUUCAAAGACAACCACUGGAAAAGAUUCUGCGCCUCUGCCGAAGAGAUCCGGGGACAGUUCUGGAAUUAUCAGGAGAAGCUGGGGAAAAGGAAGGAUGAAAAUGCCCAGAAGCUCCAUCCAAAUCUCGGACAUCCCUCACAUUUCCAAGAAAUGGAGUCUCUGUGUCAAGUGGAAGAGAAAAGGCAGGACGAUUUAGACACUAUGAUUGUGGCAACCAAAGAGAAGCUUGAGGAAUUCACCAGGAAGUACGGCCGGUCUUUCAUAGCCAGCUUGGCCACCUUCACUGAGAAGUUCCUGCUGCAGUUGGAUGAAGUGGUCACCAUCGACGAUGUCCAGGUUGCAAGGAUGGAGUCCCCCAAACAGAAAACAUCAAUCCUCAUACGGAGGAAACUCGCUAGGCUUUCCCUGAAGGAAGAAAGUGAGAAGCCCCUGAUUGAACGGGGGAGCAGGAAGUGGCCAGGAAUCAAACCCACCGAAGUCACCAUCCAAAAUAAGAUUCUCCUCCGGAAAACAUCAUCCAUCACCACCACCAAAACGACCCUGGGUCACCUGGCAGCCGUGGAAGCCCGAGAUGCCGUCUACCUGAAAUAUCUAGCACUAUUUGAAGAGGAGUUGAAGAAGAUCCAGGAUGACAACGUGGUGCAGGUGAAGGAGGCUCAGAGCUGGAAGGACAGCUGGAAGCGCUCCGUGCAUACCAUCCAGGGCCUCUACUUUUAACACCCUCACCCCACCCCACAUAAAGGCUCAUUUUUAAUGGACACCCUUCUCUCUCCAUCUGUCCAUCUGUCCACCCAUCCAUCCCCGCUCUAUACCCA